AUUUGUGGGAAAUGUUAUAAACUCAUUGCGCCGUUUCUUCAUCAUAUAAAGUGUCACGAUAAUAGAUUCGAUUUUCCUUGUCGUUACUGUGAAAAGAAGUUUCGAGUAAGUCGUGAUCGGAUGCUUCAUGAACGAACACAUACUGGAGAUUUUUUUCUUUGCACAAUCACAACUCUGAGAAAUCUUGCUCAAAAUGAUAUGAAGAAGUUAAUGGACAGAAAAAGAUGA